AUGGUCACUGUUCACUCGUACCUUCUCCUGGCUUUGGCUAGCAGCGCCUUUGCCGGGUUUGUAGCGGUGCCUGCAGUUCCCUCAGUCACAAAAGUUUACGCGGCACGGACAGUGGUGGCGGCUCCGACGGUGGUGGCGGCACCGGCUGUGGCCACUACCCUCCACCACACACCUGCCGUUUCCAAGGCCACCCGAGUGACAAGCUACCAGACCACCAAUCCUGCCGUACCACACACCGUUGCCAAGGUUUCAACCUACACUCCCGCUGUCACGGCCGUUCAUACCGUCCACGCUUCCGUGCCCACAGCCGUCAGCAGUGUCGUCCAACACGUUCCCGCAGUCGCAAAUGUUUACGCGGCACCGACAGUGGUGGCGGCUCCGGCGGUGGUGGCGGCACCAGCCGUGGUGGCGGCACCGGCCGUGGCCACUACAGUCCACCACACUCCUGCCGUUUCCAAGGCCACACGAGUGACAAGCUACCAGACGACCAGUCCCGCCGUACCCCGCACCGUUGCCAAGGUUUCUACCUACACGCCUGGUGCCACGGCUGUUCAUACCGUCCACGCUUCCGUGCCCACAGCCGUGACCGGUGUCAUACAUGACGUUCCCGCCUACACACACGGUUACUAUCCAGCCCGCUACACCUAUAGUCACCAGUACAACUAUAACCCUCUGCGGUACGUCUAUGGACUGAGCCCGUACGGACUCAACUACGGCUACGGAUUGGAAGCCUUCGGCUACGUCGCUCACGUCAAGAAAUGUGAGUCGCUUACAGCCUGCCUUGAACGGCGAUGA